AUAGCCUUGACUUUCACAUCUCUCAGAGCCACCUUACCAUGUCCAGUGGUAUGGCCUAGGAUAUUACACUGGAAGGAUUUGCAGACAGGAAACACAAACCAAGCACCAUAUCGAAAUCGGACAGCGCCGCUCGAUUCAUCGGGACCCGAACAUCAUCGGCCUUUGAAUGUAGGGAGAGAGCUGUGUGUCUGUUCUGUCUGCUUCAAAAGGCUCUAAACAUCAGCGUGACUGGAAAAGCACCGAGACUCACACACACACACCCGAGUGAGAGUGUUUCAGUGCACGGACUGUGGAAAGAACCUUAACCAGUUACACAGCCUGAACAAAACAACGCACCCUUCACGGCGGGGAGGGACCGUACACGUGUCCUGUGCGAGGACGAGGCUUCAACUGAUCGUCCCCAACCUGGAGGAACACAAGGACGCCCGCACCACCAUGCAGAAAAACUGGAAGUGCGGGGACUGCGGGAAGGGAUUCAAAGCCCCAUCUGAGCUGGAGAUUCACCGACGCAGCCACACCGGGGAGAGGCCGUUCGCCUGCUUUGAGUGCGGGAAGGGAUUCAAAGAUUCAUCCACGCUGCUGACACACCAGCGGGUUCACACCGGGGAGAGGCCGUUCACCUGCUCUGCGUGUGGGAAGGGAUUCACCGAGUCAUCCAGUCUGCUGAGACACCAAUGCGCUCACACCGGGGAGAGGCCGUUCACCUGCUCUGAAUGUGGGAAGGGAUUCACCCAGUCAUCCAACCUGCUGGCGCACCAGCGGGUUCACACCGGGGAGAGGCCAUUCACCUGCUCCGUGUGCGGGAAGGGAUUCACUGAGUCAUCCGGUCUGCUGAGACACAGACGCACUCACACUGGGGAGAGGCCGUUCACCUGCUCCGAGUGCGGGAAGGGAUUCACUCAGUCAUCCCACCUGCUGAGACACCAGCGAGUUCACACUGGGGAGAGGCCGUUCACCUGCUCCACGUGUGGGAAGAGAUUCACUCAGUUGUCUAACCUGCUGACACAUCAGCGAUUUCACACUGGAGAGAGAUCGUUUACCUGCUCUGAGUGUGGGAAGGGGUUCAUGCAUUUAUCCACCCUGCUGGCCCACCAGCGAGCUCACACCGGAGAGAGGCCGUUCACCUGCUCCGUGUGUGGGAAAGGAUUCACUGACUCAUCCAGUCUGCUGAAACACCGACGUGCUCACACUGGGGAGAGGCCGUUCGCCUGCUCUGAGUGUGGGAAAAGAUUCGCUCAGUUAUACCACCUGCUGAGACACCAGCGGGUUCACACUGGAGAGAGUCCGUUCACCUGCCCCGAAUGCGGGAAGGGAUUCAGUGACACAUCAGGUCUGCUGACACACCGACGCAGUCACACUGGGGAGAGGCCGUUCGCCUGCUCUGAGUGUGGGAAAGGAUUCGCUCAGUUAUCCCACUUGCUGACACACCAGCGAGUUCACACUGGGGAGAGGCCGUUCACCUGCCCCGUGUGUGGGAAGGGAUUUGCCGAUUCAUCCAACCUGCUGAGACACCGGCGAGUUCACACUGAGGCGAGGCCAUUCACCAGCUCUGAAUGUGGGAAAGGUUUCAAUCAGUCAUCUAACCUACAGACACACCAGUGAGUUCAUACUGACCUUUUAGACGCUCUCACUGUGGGUGUUCAUUGUACCAAUUGAAUUUAUGCAUAUACAGAUGGAGGGCAUUGAUUGGAUGAUUACUUGAGUGUACAAAGAGAAGCUUACUGAUAUUAUGUGGAUAGGGUUAGGAGGUAUAUACCUGCAAAGUUUCACU